AUGGCUUCUUCUCAGUUGACAGCUUCAUCAAUUUCUACUAGGAACGUUGCAUCGUUUCAAGGACUUCGACCUUCUGGAGUUCAGUUUCAUGGUGCUCGAAAUGUUAGAAUUGGUAACCCUGCACGAAGGUCCUUCAAGGGUAUGGUUGUCAAAGCAGCCACUGUCGUUGCCCCCAAGUUCACAUCAAUCAAGCCUUUAGGUGACAGAGUACUCAUAAAAGUUAAGGAAGCUGAAGAGAAGACAGACGGUGGGAUUUUGCUUCCAUCAAAUGCUCAAUCAAAGCCUCAAGGGGGUGAGGUGGUUGCUGUUGGUGAAGGAAAGACACUCGGAAAGAACCAAGUUGAUAUUAGUGUGAAGCCAGGUGCACAAGUUGUGUAUUCAAAGUAUGCAGGUACUGAGGUGGAUUUUAACGGUGAGAAGCAUCUUAUUGUGAAGGAUGACGACAUUGUUGGCAUCCUUGAAACUGAUGACAUCAAGGAUCUUAAACCAUUGAAUGAUAGAGUCCUGAUAAAGAUUGAAAAAGCCGAGGAAAAAACCUCAGGUGGUUUGUUUCUCACACAGGCAACAAAGGAGAAACCUUCAUUUGGAACAGUUGUAGCAGUUGGUCCAGGGCUUGUGGACGAGGAAGGCAACAUAAAACCUUUGUCUGUUACUCCUGGGAACACAGUUUUGUACUCCAAAUACGCCGGUAAUGACUUCAAAGGCAAAGAUGGUUCCGAAUACAUAACAUUAAGGAGUUCAGAUGUCAUGGCUGUUCUCUCUUAG